GCGCCCCUUUAACACUUUGGCCGACACUUAUCCCACCAGCGCCACACAAGGCGCCAGAGGCACGUGACACAGACGACUUAAAGGCCAGGUGACACAGGUGACCCUGGCGGCCCGCGGGCCAGACCCAGGAAAGAGGUAAUUCCUUCCCCUCGGAGAGAAGCCUCUUCUCUAGAAGACCCAGCCUCGUGCCCCCCUACCCCCCCGAGACCCCCGAGAGGAGACAACGAUGCCCACCGAAGGGGAGCCCACCCAGCUGGUUAAACUGACCCAUUUGACCUUCCUCUCCACCAUGUGGGGGGCACAGAUUUGGAUGACAUUCGUGGCAGGCACCGUACUCAGGAGGAACGUCCCCAGGCACACGUUUGGUUUGGUGCAGAGUAAACUCUUCCCCUACUAUCUGUUCGGGGUCUUGGGGGGCUCCUUCCUCAGCCUGGCCCUGUACGCAGUCUACCACCCCAGAGAGAUGCUCAGCCCAGCCGAGAGCCUGCAGGUGGCAUCCCUGUUUGUCUGCGUGCUGUGUGCCGGGCUGAACGCCCAGUGGUUUGGGCAGAGCACCAGCUCCUUGAUGUUCAAGAUGUACAAGAUUGAGAAGGAGCACGGACUGGGCGAGGAGGUGGGCGUCACCAGGGGCAACCCGGAGUACCAGCGUCUCCGAGACACCAACCCCAACUACCAGGAUCUCAGCCACCGUUUCGUCAACUAUCACAUCGCCUCCGUCCUCUGCAACCUCGUCUGCCUCGUCUGCACUGGCAUCAACCUGGUCUGCACCGCAACCAACCUCCAGACCUUCUAGCAAACACCCCCCCUCCAUCACUCGCUCCCUCCCUCCCUCUCCCCCG